CCUCACCACCCCCGCGUCCUGCCCCAGGACCUCCCACCCAAGAAGGGGGCGCCCACACUGUCCCUUCACGACGCCCCACGCCCCGCCGUGCCUUUCCGCACGGCCGCCCCCGCCUUGUAACGAGUGCGGCCAGAGCAUCCCAAAGUCUGGAAGUGAAGAAGGGAAAAAUUGACGCCAGGGUUCGAGGAGGGGCACAGAUUUCUCACCCGGGCUGGACUGAGCUUUGCCCUUGCUUAGCGCGCCCUCCCCAGUGGCCUGAGAGCCCGUUUGCUUGUGCCGUUGGAGGGUGAGCCGUGGGGCACGUAGUCACUUCUUACUGUGGCUGCGGCGUGUUUGGUUUGGAUGUGAAGUCUGGAGAGUAAGUUUUCUGAGAUCAGAUGGUAGUAGAAGGGCAUUGAGGGCAGCACCCAGAAACGUCUGGAUCGCCCCAGUUGUGUCGAGGGUGACAGCUGAACCAGGCUUUUAAUCUCAGCUCUGAACCCAUUGUUUACCUGGACUGCACCUUAGUUCCCACCUCUGACACUAACUGAUCAUACCUCAUGAGCCAAACAUAAAAAGCAAAAGGAAAAAAAAAAAAAAAUCAGGGUAGAACAUUCUGCAUAUGUGUACGUGUUUGUCUUUUGCUUUGUUCUUUCCCAUAGAGACACUGAUACCAUAAGUUGGAUAACACUUAAAUAGUCUUUAAGAUUUAGAAGGUUCCUCCUAGUUGAAGUCUUAACAUGUUGUCUGCUGUUUGUUUCUUCUGACAGCACCCAUUGCAAAGGCCUUUAGGUUUCCAGGAGUUAAUACAAAAAGCUCCAUGUUAUAAACCAAAAACUCGUUGCCAUCAAGUCAGUUCCAACUCAUAGCAACUCUAUAGGACAGAGUGGAGCUGCCCCAUAGAGUUUCCAAGGAGCACCUGGUGGAUUCGAACUGCGGACCUUUUGGUUAGCAGUGGUAGCGCUUAAUCACGUGGUCACCAGGGUUUCUCCAUGAUAUGGGGAUCCUUGUAUAUGGGGAUCUCUGCUCCUAGUUCACUGAUUGUUUUUCUGUAGGAGUCAGACAGAUGUGCUGGAAUCUAGACUCUGCCCCUCCCAGCUUCAAGUCUUGAGCAACCUUUGUCUCCUUCCUCUGAGCCUUCUCCAGUGACAGACAAAAUGUUGGUAAUUGCCCAAGCUGGGUGAUGGGCAAGUGCUGGUACUUUAUGCCAGCUACUCCAAGAGUGACCCUCUUUCCCAGCUGCCCCCUCCUCAGAACCCGAAGAUUCGCCUGUACAACGCGGAGCAGGUUCUGAGUUGGGAGCCGGUGUUCCUGAGCAAUGACACGAGGCCGGUGACCUACCGGGUGCAGUACAAAUAGAGAUAGUUUUGCAGCUUGGAGCAAGGUGCCAGGGGACUUUAGGCCCCUACCGUCCCACAGAACCUUGAGGAUUACAUCUCAAAGAGGAACGCUGUACAACUGUGUUGUAUUGAGAAAUCCUGUUUCCUUUGCUGCCCCCGCCUGCCCCCCAGCUUUGCAUGUGAAUCCUGCGUUCACGUGGAGGUCGUGCAUAAGCCUCAUCGUCCCUGCGUAGUAUGAUCAAGAAUGUUGCUGAGCACUGCUAGCGAGUGGGGCGACGUGUCAGGAGUGAAUUGUACGAAGACCACUGAGACCUGGUGCAACUUCACGGCAGCCAGCCUUUCACAGGGUUUCCCACGGCACUUCAAUGUCUCUUUGCGUGUUCAAGCUGAGCUCGGAGAACGUGUCUCUGCCUGGGCGACGGUGCCUUGGUUUCAACACUACCGGAAUGUUACUGUUGGGCCUCCAGAAAACAUUGAGGUGGCUCCAGGAGACGGCUCACUGAUCAUCAGGUUCUCUGCCCCCUUUGACGUCGAUGCCUCCAUGGUCACUUUUCAGUAUUACGCCCAUUACUGGGAAAAGGCCGGAACCCAAAAGGUUAAAGGCCCUGUCAAGAGCAAUUUCAUUUUGUUGGAUGGCUUAAAACCCUUACGUGUAUACUGUUUACAAGUCAAGGCAGAACUUGUUUGGCCAGCACAAGGCAUCGUUCGACCUGGGCACUUAAGCAACAUAUCUUGCUCUGAGACAACAACUGAUGCUGCUACUGAACUUGAACAAGCCAUCCUGAUCUUUGUGGGAACCUUUCUGUCAGUGGUGUUGCCAAUGGGAGCCUGUUUCUUCCUGGUCCUGAAAUACAGAGGCCUGGUUAAAUACUGGUUUCAUUCUCCACCCAAGAUCCCAUUACAAAUAGAAGAGUAUUUAAAGGACCCAGCUCAACCUAUUUUGGAGGCCUUGGACAAGGACAGGUCACCGAAGGAAGAUGCCUGGGACUCUGUGUCCAUCGUUUCACUUCCAGAAAAGGAGCGGGAAGAUGCUCUCCAGAAUACUUUGAACCAAAGCGCUGGCCCGGCCCCACCGUUCCCGGAAAGAAGGCACUGAGCCGGUGGUGCAGCUGACGCUCCCGUCUGGGCUUUACAGACACUGGGACCCCAUAUUCCUGCCGCUAACAAGGCCCUGCUGGAGUCUGGUGAGAGGGAGCAGGUCUGGGGUACAGAGAAGCUUACUUUUUUUUUUCCUUUGAGAAUUUUCUAAAUCAUACCAGUUCCUAGAAUGAUUCUACAAAGAUAUCCCAGAAAAAUUAAGGUUUUUUCUUAAACACUAAAAAGGCAUGUAAUUACUUCUUAGCAAGAUGGCUGUGGUAUACCUCAGGUGUGUUCUUCAGUGUUGGCUGAGAGGGAGGCUGGAGAGGACACAGUGGUGGGCUGGAUGUACUGGAGGCUGGCUUCUCUUCUGGACCUGCAGAGGAGCCGGGAACGGUGGGCUGGUCUCAGGGCCUCUCCAGCCUUGCCCAACCAGGGGAGCCAGGUGGCCUUCACAUCCAGUCCACUGAUU